GAAAAAAAGGGUCAUAGGUACAUCUAUUUGGGAACGGAGAGUACCUACUCGAUAUUCGACGAACUCGGUAAACGGAAGAACGGACUAGAGGAUCGCGAAAGAUUAUCAUUGACAGAUUGAUAGAAGAAGCACGUUGUUCUCGGAGAAUUUGGAUACGAGAACCUUCGUACAGUAGUACUCGUACCGGACGAAAGGAUUUCGAUGCAUCGUCGAGAGGCAUUGAAACACAACGCAAUUUUCACAACUUGAGGAGGCGUCGAAUAAAACGCGCAACAAGGAAUGCAGUAAAAAGCACAACAAGGAGAUCGACUCGUAACGCCUUUACGAAGCACAUUUGGAAACCCUUACGCUGAUCAGAACGAAAUUGAAGAAGAAGAAGACUAGCAACUGUCUGAAACGGGAGAAGAAUUAGCAAGGCGAUACGACGGGGCAGAAUUAGGAGAUAUCGCAACAGAAUGGAAAGAAAUAGUACAUCAUACACCAUGCAAGCAACAAAUCAAAACACGGGUCGAGUCGAACAUUGUCCAUCACCGAGAUCAAGUGAGAUUCAAGGAACCGCAAAUGCAGAUCGAUGCCAUGAUGACGACGCAGUUGCCGCAGAAAUGAGAAUAUCUAGCAGUGACGACGAAGCGUCGUUUGGAGAAAAAUCUGAGGAGAAAAUGGAUUUGUCGUCUCGAGCCACCUUAAACAAGGGCAGCGAGCGCAAGACCUUUCCAAAAGAUUGCUAUUCCUUCCUCUCGCUCCACAGCUUCGUUGACAGUCCCCUUUUCUUUUCCUUUGGAUUCACGGUGUUCUUAUUUCAAGUGUCGUUUUUUGUACUUAUGGUGUUGAGUGUCCUUGAUCCCGUGUGGAGCUCCAACGGAGACAAGGACAAUCCAUCAGAUAGUAUUCUGGCAACAUUUGUUGAUGCAAAUUCCACUCCACUUGUUCGGGCAACACAGGUCAUUUCAAUCCUUACGUAUGUUGUAUUUGCAGACUCUAGCAUGAUGGAUGUCGCUAUCGGAGUAGAGACCUUUCCUCGGGAUUUAAAGGAAGCAACCAAUUCCAUGGUGUUUUCUUGCGUUCUUCGCAUUUCACAGGGAUUUAUGGCAGCAAUGACAGCAUUUGUGCUCAUUAUAACAGCAGAAAACGUGAUCGACAUAGUAUUGAAUUUUACAGCCGUGGUGAGUCCGAAAUGUGCAUCCAUACAGAAUUAGCCGCUGUGACUGAAUAAUUUAGAACUGAUUUUUUUUCGUUCUCUGUCCCCCUCUUGUCAACAGAAUUUCAUCAGUCAUCUCGACGAUGUUGCCUUCCAGCUGGCUGUUUUGGGAAAAUAUGGAGAACGGCUCGAACAGGAAGCAAAUCGUAUUAAACAAAUACCUCUCCCCCCAUGCAUGUCUCAAGGAAAGACGCAUACACGAUUCCGCAGUACACUGGCAACUUGCGGUGUUCUUUUUCUCGGUACGAUGAUUGCAAUCAUGUGUGCUCAAGACAACGAUGAUGUGUGGCUGACUAAAGUAUUGAGAAUAGAGUUUCAAGACCCAGAGCUACAUCCAUACAGUGGGUGCUACGAGAUUGAUGCAACUUCGAUUCACGACACAUUUAAGAGAAAGGUCUACAGGAGCUCCGACGAUUCGUUGGACGAUGUGAAUUUUGGAUACUGCAUAGACAGUCGCCAGUGGAAGCUAUUCGAAAACGUGGGCGACCCUUGUGAUGCCAACGAAAAUACACUUGCAGUUUCUGCUAAGACAGAUUCCUUUGAUAUAUCAACCGUGUUUGGUGAGGCUUGGUUUUCUCUCUAUGGCAAACCACUUGAUGUUUAUUUUUAUGAAUUAGAUGAAAAAUUAGAAGGCAACUGUUCCUCUUUCGACGAUGGGAAAUGCGACAGUCUUUUCAACAAAUUCGAAUAUCAAUUCGAUGGUGGGGAUUGUUGUUCUGCCACGUGUUCUCAUUUUGAUUGUGGAAUUGGGGCUAUCAAGAAAGGAUUUGGCAUGGAAAAUGCAAUUGGUGACGGAUUUCCGCAAUGUAGUGAUCCGAAUAUGGUCCCACUAACCAUUCGCAUUGGCAACUUCUCAAGUAGCGGGCUUGCCCAGGUACCAGAGGAAUGGGAUAUUGACAACUCCGAAAAUCCGCUCGAUGGGCAUAAUAAUCCAGUUAGUCCACAUCUAUCGCUAGAGUGUGACCAGAAGAAUGUCUUUGCCAUAGAUCUCGAUCCAAGCAUGACCGACCGCACAGAAAUAGUCUCGGUCACGGAUGGGGCGAAGUGUACCAUGAAAGUAUCAAACAGAACCGUCCAUAAUGAUACCGAUAACGUUUUGAAUCGUGAACCGAUCUGGUUUGUUGAUUAUGCCAUGUUCCAAGGAGAGACUGUUGAGAACGGCACAAAAAUUCUUGAACACAACAGUGGUGUACAGGAAGAAUCAUCAUUUUUUGUGAUUCCGAAGUGCAUGUUUAAGAAGCUCUCUCUUUAUACCGACGAGACAGAGUUGUAUAACGAUGGUGCCUCGAUUGAAGCAUUCGAAUGGAUUCGGGAAGGAUUCUUCGGAACACAAGCUUGUGACGACGACAAUGAUCUUAUUUGUUUAUUUGCCUUGAGUUCAUUAUAUUUUGCUGCGCCUCUUGUCGGAAUCGACGACGAAGCUUGGAUAAAAGAAACCCCACAUUGCAAUUGGGGCGCAGUUGAGUGCACUCGUGGUGAUAUUUCCAAACUGAAGCUGGAGAAGUCUUCACUUGCGGGGACAAUUUCAAGUGCUAUUGGACUGUUGACAUCACUUCGAGAAUUCAACAUGAGUGAGUUCUUUCGACGAGGUGAAGGUUUCAAAUGGAAAAAUGCCGUUGUGCAAAAGAUAGAUACACGCAAAUGCAUGUUACAUUCGAUUCCACUUUUUUGCAGCUACUAAGCAUGCCUAUUUUUUUUUUGUUCCACAGAGUCAAAUAAAAUAAUCGGAAAGAUUCCGAUUGAGAUUGGUUUGUUGACGUUUCUUCAAAAAUUGGACUUGAGUAAGUGAUUACAGUCGGUUGCUUUCUUGUGUUCUCUACAGUUGCAGAUUUUGUCUCACGCUUUCCCUCUUCAAUUUGUUGUGUUUGCAGAGUCGAAUGAAAUAGAAGGCGAGAUUCCAAGUGAGAUUGGUCUGUUGAUGUCUCUUCAAGCAUUGGAUUUGAGUAAGUGCAUCUGUUUAGAUUUCCUUUUUUUUAUACAGCGUUGCGGUAAAUUUGCUGACUCGUGUCUUUCCUCUGCUACUGACCGUAUAGGCUACAAUCGUUUAACUGGAAGAAUUCCUACAGAAAUUUUGUCGUUGCCCUCCCUUGAAGUUCUACAUCUGGGUAAGUGAUUCCGGUUGGUUCGCUGGUUCUUUUCUCCAUCGCCAUGGAUGUUGUCUCGUGUUUCCCCUCAUGUGUAAUCUUCUAUAGAUUCGAAUGCUCUCUCUGGCGAGAUUCCGAGUGAGAUCGGUUUGUUGACGUCUCUUGAAAGUUUGUGGUUGGGUAAGUGAUUCCAGUUGGUUCGCUGGUUCUUUUCUCUAGCGCUAUGGAUGUUGUCUCAUGGCUGCCCUCCUGUAUUGAUCUUCCGUAUAGGCCAUAACGGUUUCACUGGCGAGAUUCCGACCGAGAUCGGUUCGUUGACGUCGCUUCAGGGUUUGUGGUUUGGUACGUGAUCCCUAUCGGGUCUUUGUUUCGUUUCUGUUGUCAUGGAUGUUCUCUUAUGGAUUGUCCCUCCUGCAUCGAUCGUCUUGCACAGAAUUAGACAAUGGUUUCACUGGUGAUAUUCCGAGUGAGAUUGGAUUGUUGUCGUCGCUUCAACAAUUGUGGUUGGGUGAGUGAUUCAAAUUUGGUUUUCAGCUUUCUCCGGUGCCACAAACUGUGUCUGGUGUUUUCACACUUGUAUUUUUCUUCUUGCAUAGAACUGAUCAAUGGUUUCGGCGGUGAGAUUCCGAGCGAGAUCGGUUUGUUGACGUCGCUGCAAACUUUAUGGCUGGGUAAGUGGUUGAAUUUUUUUCCCUCUAUUCUAGCGUCACGGAUUGUGUCUCAUGGUUUUUUUCAUCUUGGAUUGGUGUUCUUGUACAGAACUAGAUAAAGAUGUCACCGGUGCGAUUCCGACAGAGAUUGGUCUGUUGACUUCUCUUCGAGUUUUGCAUAUGGGUAAGAGAUUGGUUUGCGGGUUGUUUUCUGUAGCGUCACAGGUUGUGUCUCAUUGUUUUUCUUUCUUGGAUCGAUCUUAUUGCAUAGAAUUGAACGAUUUUACCGGUGAGAUACCGAGUGAAAUUGGUUUGUUGACGUCUCUGGAAGAGAUAAAUUUGAGUAAGUGGUUCCGACGAGAACGAAUGGAAACACGUUUGAGGAAUCUUGUGUUUCGUCGGUCUCUGUACCUGCUGACUGUUGCCCUUGCUGUCGCGGUUUCUUCUUUUUUUCUUUGUUUGCUUUGCCCUGCGCAGCAUCGAACAAUUCGACUGCCGCGAUCCCAUGCGAGAUUGCUUCGUUGCUCGACAACAACACCACCGGCGGGAUUCCGAGCGAGUGACUUUCGUUUCGGUGAUUGGCCGUGGCUUUCUUGGUGAUCGAUUGCCUUUGUCGCCUUCCAUUUCAUAAAAGCCAUUAAAAACUACUCGAGCAGUACAGUGCCGUGUCGUGGUUGGUUACACAAGUGUCUCUGGUGGGCAUCCAUUGCGUUGCGGUCCAUCCCUCUGCGUUUUGUAAAGCGGUUUGUUCGCGGUGGUAGCUAGGCCAUGCGCACAACAACAGAACUACACGGCGUCCAGAGAACAUUCGGCGUCUGUGUAGGAGAGAGCACCGUCCCGGGGGACGGCGAUUGGCAAGGAAUGGACGACACAACGUCUGCUC